AUGUCACUGGAGAGAAAAGAGCCAAACUAUUUUGGAGCGGGGCCUGCCCUGCUCCCAACCAGCGUCCUGCAACAAGCCGCCCAGGACCUGAUCAACUUCCAAGGAAUUGGCCUUGGUGCCGGAGAAAUCAGCCAUCGCUCGUCUGCCGGUUCCAAUAUUACAGAGAGCGCUCGUCAGCACCUGGUCGAAUUGCUGGACAUCCCGGACACCCACGAGGUUUUCUUUCUGCAAGGAGGCGGAACAACUGGUUUUUCGUCUAUUGCAACUAAUCUCACAGCCUCGUUCGCCAAGAAGACCGGUCGGAAGGGCAGACCUGCCUACGUCGUCACUGGAAGCUGGUCGAAAAAAGCUGCCGAGGAGGCUGCCAGACUGGGCUUCGGUCCGGACAUCGUGCUGGAUUCAAAGAAGGUCGACGGCAAGUUUGGCACGAUUCCAAGCACCGACAAGUGGAGCAUACCUGAGGAUCUGUCCAACACCUCGUACCUCUACUUCUGUGACAACGAGACCGUCAACGGCGUCGAGUUCCCGGAAUUCCCAUUUGACAAGUUCCCAGGCGUCGAGAUCGUGACAGACAUGUCCUCGAACUUCUUGUCCAAAAAGGUGGACGUUUCCAAGUACGGGUGUAUCUUUGCAGGUGCGCAGAAAAACGUUGGUCUGGCCGGGAUCACGGUCUAUAUUAUCAAAAAGAGCCUUCUUGACUACCCAACUGAUGAGGAGCUGACCAAGCUGAACAUCCCUUUGAGCCCUAUCGCGUUCGACUUCCCAACUGUGGUCAAGAACAAGUCGGCAUACAACACCAUCCCAACGUUCACCGUUCACAUCGUGGACCUUGUCUUGCAGCACCUGAUCCAGAAAGGCGGUCUUGAAGUCCAGCAGAAGACCAACGAGCAGAAGGCCAGGCUUCUGUACGAGGCUCUGGAAGAGUUCCCUAGCGUGUUCAAGCUUGCUGUGGAGAAGCCGGUGAGGUCGAAAAUGAACGUGGUGUUCACGCUGGCUGACGGCUCCGACGCCGAGUUCCUCAAGGCUGCGGAAGAAAAAGAGCUCACGGGUUUGAAGGGCCACCGGUCUGUUGGCGGCAUGCGUGCUUCUCUAUACAACGCCGUGUCGCUGGAGAGCGUCAAGCUGCUAUGCGACUUUGUGAGAGCGUACGGUGCACAACACGCCUAG